UAGCCCCCCACCACACCCCUUUCCUCCACUCUGCAUUAAACAACUCUAAGCACAUAAUAACAUCCCUAUUGUGCUUAGCAAAAAAAAGAAAAACCCCAUUGUAAAACAGCCUCACUUUGAAAGAUUUUAAGAGCAAUGGCAAAAUUCCCAGUGAUCAACAUGGAGAAACUCAAUGGUGAGGAGAGAGCAGCAACCAUGGAGUUAAUCAAAGAUGCAUGCGAGAAUUGGGGCUUCUUUGAGGUGCUAAAUCAUGGGAUUCCCUAUGAUUUCAUGGACAAAAUUGAAAGCUUGACGAAAGAGCAUUACAAGAAAUGCAUGGAGCAAAGGUUUAAGGAAUUGGUGGCAAGCAAGGCCCUUGAGGGUCUCCAGGCUGAGGUUACUGAUAUGGACUGGGAAAGUACCUUCUAUUUGCGCCAUCUCCCUGAAUCAAACAUGGCUGAAAUCCCAGAUCUAACCGAUGAAUACAGGAAGGUGAUGAAAGAAUUUGCAUUGAAAUUGGAGAAACUAGCAGAGGAGCUGCUGGACUUGUUCUGUGAGAACCUUGGGCUCGAGAAAGGGUACCUCAAAAAGGCUUUCUAUGGGGCAAAAGGUCCCACCUUUGGCACCAAAGUUAGCAACUACCCACCAUGCCCCACCCCAGAUAAAAUCAAGGGACUCAGAGCCCACACGGACGCCGGUGGCAUCAUAUUGCUGUUCCAAGACCCCCAAGUGGGCGGCCUUCAGCUUCUUAAAGACGGGGAAUGGGUGAAUGUUCCUCCUUUGCGCCACUCCAUUGUCAUCAACCUCGGGGACCAGCUGGAGGUCAUCACCAACGGUCAAUAUAAGAGCGUGGAGCAUAGGGUGAUUGCCCAAACCGACGGUGCUCGGAUGUCGAUAGCUUCGUUCUACAAUCCCGGCAGCGACGCCGUUAUAUACCCGGCGCCGGCCUUGCUGGAGAAAGAAGAAGAAGAGAAGAAAGGAUUGUACCCAAAAUUUGUGUUCGAAGAUUACAUGAAGCUUUACGCUUUGCUUAAAUUCCAGGCCAAGGAACCGAGGUUUGAAGCCAUGAAAGCCAUUGCAACAGCUUAAAAAAUGGAAGUUAAUCUACACCCUAAAAGUCCUUAACCAUAUCUGUACCAACCUGGAAAUCUUAUCGUUGUAAUUUUGGACCACUUCAUUAAUUGUUGGGGGUAAUAUAUAUUGCUACUUCAAUAA